AUGCCGUUCGGAUCCACGAAAGGCCUCGAGCCCAUCCUCGAAUCUACAAUUCAGCAGAUUAGUGUUAUCGGCCGAGCAAUUCCAGAGGACCCAGACGAGGGAACGCGAGCUCGGAUACGCCACAGAAGACCAAUUGAGAUGAUUGAACACCAAUUAGCACACAGAGUGCCAAACACAACACUUCCUGUUAAUCUCUUCGGCGGCAGCGAGGCAGAAACUGUAAUCGACACAAAUCUCUCGGUCGCGUGGCACAUCGGCACCCACAUCUUCUACGAAAACUGCAUCAACAAAGAGUGUAGUGCUGGUGCUGGCGGUGUUAUUGGCAUUGAUGCCAUACUGGAAUGCCUCGACAGAGUGGAAGAUAUCAAAAUCUUAAUCGAACCUGACAUCGAACUGAGAGAUGAACCUAUCACCUGGCCAGCCUUUGUGGCCUCUUGCAAUGCUUUAACCAGCCGCCAGGCAUGGAGCCGAUGGUGGGAGCGGGUGGGCUUCUAUGAAUCUAAGAACAUCGACGAACAGUGGAACUUGAUCCGGGGGAUUUGGGGCUUGAUCGAUCGUCGUGGAAGUGCUUUUAAUUGGGUUAGCUUCCUCGAGGGGGAGGGAGAUGGACUGGUUCCCCUGGACAUUGUGAUUGAAAGCCUUGGCAUGGAUGGAAUGAGUCCAAUUUGGUACCCUCCUCCAUCUCCCUAA